UUGUGAUCAAUGGAAUUAGUAGUGUCAGUGGUAGCAGCGGUUCUUUCGUUGGCUUAGACGUGUUUUAGAAAUUGUGGCGUGUGCCAGUUUGUAACCUAUAACUGGCAAAGUGUUUGCUGCAGUUAAUAGAAGAGCCGACCGGUCACGGUAGAUUGUGUGUUUCUGAUACUUUCAGAAUUAUUUGCUGUUAUUCAUUUGAUCUUCGAACGCCAUUAAUCUGAUGGCAGCGAAUGAAUGGAAUGAAUAUUUCGUAAUAUAAUUUAACAUAAAACUAUAAUUGGCUGAGGCAAUUAAUUUGUCGAAUUUAUAGCUGUCAAGUCGUCAUUCACCUAGAGAAUGGGGAAGCAGAGAAGAGAGAGGCAGAAGUAUCACCUGUCAAGAAUGAAGUCAACUAAUGAUGCAGCGGCUACUGGUACUGAGAGUUGUGAAUCAAAUGAAAAACCAUUACAAGAAUCUUCCAUUCUUUUACCUGUGCCAGAAAAUCUCUUUGCUGGGAUUAAUAUAUCUAUUGAUAAUCUGAAACAGUCGUUGAAAGAUUCUGAUAGCAGAAGUGUAAUAUCCAAGAAGUCACUUUCUGCAGGAAAUGUUAUAUCAAAGAAAGAAAAAAGGAAACUUCGCCAUGAAGCAUUCAUAAAAAAACUGGAGACAGCAUAUCAUGUGAGAAAAGAUUCAAAGAAACAGAGAAGGUUGAAAACGAGUCCACUUAAAACAGAGGCCCAACCACAGUCAGACAAAUUUCCAUUGCUUAAUUUAUCAGAUAAACUACCACCACUUAAUUUAAACAUUGAACUUGCUCAGAAGAGUUCCAGCUCCAAGAAGAAGCCUGUUAUAAAGCAGAGGAGUAUUCCUAAAGCAAAACGCAGGAAUAAUGUCAUGUUGCAGGACAUUGCUCUGUUUAAAAAACUUUUGGCAAAUGAUGAAUACAAGGCAGACCCAAUAACAUCAGUAUCGAGCCAUAUUCAUACAAAAGUGUACGAGGAAGUUAUGAAUGAUACAUAAUCAUCCAUAUGACUGUUUUGUAGUAAAUUAAACUGCCCUAUGUGACAGUUGCUCUAAAGCAUCUGUGGUUUCCAAAAUACUGUAUGUGGUGUUGUACUGACUGUUUAUGUAUAUACAUGUACAUGUUUUGUUUUGGGUCACAUUUUCAUGGAGCAUAUGUUGAGUGGUGCAAAACCAGUUGUUUUGAAAAGAGAAGUUGGGAAAAUGAACAGCUCUGUGGAUUUGAAUGACAUACUAUGUACAGUGUGUAGAACGUAACUAAUUAUGUUUAGAAAUAGAUUUAUUUCAUUUGGUUUAUUUCAUAUAAUAUAUGUCACUGAUGCUGUACAUGUCCAUCAUCAGGUAUCUGCCACUAUGCUAAAACUGCUGCACUGUACAGUAUCUUACAAUUUUUUAUCAAAA